GCCUCCUGAAGUAUUUUAAAGGGUGGGCCAAAUUGCUAUUAAACUUUAACCUUCUCAGUGGAAAUAAGACUUUCUCAGUAUCAAAGACAUCAACUUUUCUGCAGAACUUUAGUUACUGUGAUCAAGACAGUGUAUUACGAGGUGUGUUUUCUCUUCUCUAACUCCACAUGGGAAGAAUGAACUCUUUCGUGGAGUUUGCUGAUACUGUUUCACCAAUAGUACCCCUGCUAUUACUAUUAUUACUGUUAAUAUAAUAGUUAGUGCUAUUAAUACUGUAACAACCGAUACAAAUACUUAUUGCAGUAAUAAAUAUAAACGUGUUUAUCUUUGCAUGGAGGAACAGGAACACCAUAACAAGUGUAGUGCAUGCAACAUGAAUGAUUUAUUUAUGUGAUUGCAUGGUGCUUGUGUGUUAAUUAUUUUUUUUAUGCAUCACAUGCAUAUGCAUAUGCAUGUUUAGGUAAUUCGUUUAUUUAUUGUUUGCUUGCUAGUUUGCUGUCAUGUACAAAAUGAUCAUGCAUGUUUGUCACAUUUAUCAAAGAAUGUUUAAUCUUGUAUAUGUAUAUGUAUAUGUUUACUGCAAUUUUAGGUUUCCCAGUGCUCUGUGAGUGAGUGGCCCCUUUAAGUGUGCAGAAACCCGACACCGCGCCUGCGCAGCACCCCGCGCGCCCCGCAGCCGCCACCGAGUCUAGACGAGCACAUGAUGAGAAACAGCCAAUGACUCCGCCGUGCUCCUUCAAGGGCCCCGCGACCGCGCGCGCACGCUUGUAAUUGUGCGUGUGUGUGUGUGUGUGUGUGAGAGAGAGAGAGAAAGAGGGAGAGAGAUAGAGAGAGCGCGCGCGUAAGGAACAAUCGUAGGAUCCCGUUCAUCUCGAUCGCUGCUGCGCGGAGUGAAAGGAUUUAAAGGGCAAGUCUUCCUGGCGCACACUUAAUGGAUGUUUCCGUUGCGUGAAGAUUUUUUUUUUUUUUUUGGCGUAUCAGGAUGGAACUGUUCGGCGUCAAAGGAUUACUUUUGGGUUUGUUGCUGAGUUGCUCUGUCCACGCGCCUGUACAGAUCUAAAACUGCUAUAUAGGUGAUAGAGAGUGUGUUAAUCCUGUUCUGGAUGUGAAUAUAACGGCUGUGCAGGAAUGCAGAGGACUCAAGCAAGCCCAUAAAUCAACUUUCUUAUGCUCAUGUUUUGCAGACUUAGCGCUGCAUGCAGCACCGUUUUUUUUAUUUUUUAUUUUUUUAUUGUUGGCACUAAUGCGCCGUGACAGCGCCGCCACUUUGCUGCAAAACUGCCACGAUCGCCGAGUCUAAUGUUGUGCUCCGGCCAGGAGGAAUGCGCCCGCGGCUGUGCGUCUAGGCUAGUGCACGGCGCUCACGGAGCCUUGAUGUCGGACAACGAGCACGAGCAUCGUCGGGAUCGGGAACAGACGUAGGACACACACAUACACACUCAGAAAGAAGCGCGCAUGAGAAGCGGUUAAGGUGUCGUAUGUUCAGGACGAGACGCGGCGCUCUGGUUCGGCGACUCUGGAGAAGCCGUUUGAUCGCGGACGGAGAGGAGGCCGAUGGAGGCAGCAAGAGCGGCGACGAUCCGGAGAACAUCUCCCAAACGGAGCCUGCGGCUGUGGGAAACUCCGGGGGAUCGAGCGACACCCUGGCUCUGGUGGAAAGUGCAGGAUCAGAGGUUGUUCUAGAGCAAGAAGGCAUUCAGGUGGACAUGUGCGUCCAGGAGCAGCGUGGACUCCCUCCAUCCGAGGAGAGCAGCAGGACAGUGACCUGCUGUUGGUUUAAAGACCGGCACAGAAGCAAAAGUGACCUUUCUGAUCACUUUCAGAUUAGAGAGCACAGUGCUGCAGAGUCAAGAACUCGUAGAACAUUACUGGAGCAAGAACUUCAGAGGUGUGCCUAUGGGCUCCUGAAAAAGUUGAAGGAGAAACCUUUGGGCGUCUUGUUGGAGGCAGUGGAGUCUAAAGGAGCCGUGUUGGGUGGUUGUGUUGUAGCUCCUCAGGCCGAGCUGCAUGUCGGAGGUUGUGCUGUGUCUCCUCAAUACCUGCUGUGUAGGUUUUUCCGCUGGCCUGACCUGCAGCUUGCCUCCCCGCUCAAAGCACUGUGCUGCUGUCAGAGUUUCAAGGUGCCAGGCGGCGAGGCACCAUGCUGCAACCCCUAUCAUUACAGCCGCCUUUGUGGACCAGAUUCGCCCCCUCCUCCCUACUCACAGCUCUCUCCCAAACUGGGACAGGAGUCUCUGGUUCCUAUACACUCGGUGUUGCCUUAUACUGAGAUUGAGGCGACUGCGUCACCCAGCAGCACAUCUGGGGGUCACUCAGAUACCAGCACAUCUCCCUCUUCGCUUGGACGCACUCAUUGGUGUAACGUGGCGUACUGGGAGCACCGGAUGCGUGUGGGCCGCCUGUAUCCGGUGUACGACUCCUCCCUCAGCAUUUUCUAUGACCUACCUCAGGGCACGGGCCUGUGCUUGGGCCUGCUGCCCAACACGGGCCGCGCCAGCUCAUCAGUUCAGCGAGCACGCGCCAAAAUCGGCCACGGUAUCCUGCUGAGCCGAGAGGCUGACGGCGUGUGGGCCUACAACCGCAGCCAGCACCCCAUCUUCAUCAACUCACCCACCCUGGAGCUCCCCCGCUGCCGCAGCCCCACCGUCACAAGGGUGAUGCCAGGCUACUCAGUUAAGGUUUUCGACUACGAGAAGUCAUGCCAAAUUGGGCACCUGAUGCACUCGGAAGGGCCGUACGAUCCAAACAGCGUGAGGAUCAGCUUUGCUAAGGGCUGGGGGCCGUGCUACUCAAGACAGUUUGUCACGUCAUGUCCUUGCUGGCUGGAGAUUCUACUCAACAACCACAGAUAGCACACACACACACACACAUGCUUAUUCCUCUCUCUCUCUCUCUAUCUCUCUCUCUCUCACACACACACACACACACACACACACACACAUACACAUACAGGCACACAAAUACAUUCACAAUCCCAGUCCCAAAAUGUAAUCUAUCUAGAUUUAAUAUAAAGUUUUAUAUAUACAUAUUAUAUAAAGGACAUUAUACUUGUAAAUAUGAGUCCUUUUUACAAUGUAAUUAUUUAUGUAUGGUGCAAUGUGUAUAUGGACAUAAGGAAAAACAAGAUGAUCAGGUGAUGCACUUUGGAUUCUAUAUGCUCACAUGGAAUCUUUGCCAUUUUUACUAACGGAUGUGUACAGAAACCCUGGUUUUGGUGUAUAGUUUUCAUAUACGAUCAAUAUCCAGAAAAGAAAAACUAAGUACCAUGGACACAUUGAUAAUAAAGUAUUCCUCAGAUA